CGUACGUCAAGUGCUCGGUCAGCCAUCAGCAGGCUAAGCUUGCUAGCAUGCCGUCGACGACCGCAAGCGGCGUUCGGGUACCUUACAAGCACGCGUGGCAAAUCCCUGCUCGUCGCUCUCGUCAAGGCAACUGGGGCGCAGCCUGCCGCAACGACGCUGCAUGCGCGCAGGAACCCCGAACGCAUGCGAUGUUGCCCGGCCGAGCCUUGAUUCGGUGCCGACCCGAUUGGCAUGGCCAGCGGGGACAGAAGCCAAAAGCCCCGCGCCAGCCCCCAGCCCAGGAGAGGUACGCGGGCGAAAAGCAAGCAUCAUAUAUUGGAGAGGCGCGGAGAAGAAUGAUAACGGGCCGCUCUGGGGCAGCGUGUCAUGCCAUGACAUGUGCAAAAGCAGAUGCUGGGGCGCCAAACUCACCUACACCGACCGGGCCUUGGAUCUACACCAACAGUGUUCAGAUGGCCGCUUGCAUGCCUCGUCCACACUGUGGCAGGGCCCCGUGCGCGCGUCAGGCCCCACGGCGCUCCGGUGACUGUCCAGCAGAGGUGCAUAUGUGCAACGCGAACGAGGGUUGUGGAGAUUGUAGAAAGCAUGCAGCACGCGAGAGUCGAGGCGACUACGGCAAAAACAUGCCUGGAUACACCCGACGUUUGCCCGAAGUCGAGUUUCGCGCCUCGCGCACGCGCCAAGACGUGCGUCAAGCUCCAAGUUCAC